AUGGUUCAGGCUUCCGAGGUCCUCUCCCGCAAGGCGGGUGUCCUUUAUGGCGACGACGUUCUGAAGCUGUUCCAGCACGCCCGUGACAACGGCUAUGCUAUCCCAGCCAUCAACGUCACCUCCUCCUCCACAGUCGUCGCCGCUCUCGAGGCAGCACGCGAUGCUAAGGCUCCCAUCAUCCUGCAGGCAUCCCAGGGUGGUGCUGCCUACUUCGCCGGCAAGGGCGUCGACAACAAGAACCAGGAGGCUUCCAUUGCUGGAGCUAUUGCUGCUGCACACUACAUCCGCAGCAUUGCACCCAUCUACGGCGUUCCUGUCGUUCUGCACACCGACCACUGCGCCAAGAAGCUCCUCCCAUGGUUGGACGGCAUGCUCGACGCAGAUGAGAAGUUCUUCAAGGAGACCGGCGAGCCCCUCUUCAGCUCCCACAUGAUCGAUUUGUCGGAAGAGGACAAGGAAUACAACAUUGCCACCACAAAGAAGUACCUUCAGCGCGCCGCUCCCAUGAAGCAGUGGCUCGAGAUGGAGAUUGGUAUCACCGGUGGUGAGGAGGAUGGUGUCAACAACGAGGAUGUCGACAACAACAGCCUGUACACCCAGCCAGAAGACAUUUACGACAUCUACAAGGCGCUGAGCGAGGUCUCUCCUUACUUCAGCAUUGCUGCCGGAUUCGGUAACGUUCACGGAGUCUACAAGCCCGGCAACGAGAAGACCGGCGCAAAGGAGGACAAGCCAGUGUUCCUCGUCUUCCACGGUGGCUCCGGCUCCUCGGUUGAGGACUUCAGGGAGGCCAUCUCAUAUGGUGUCGUCAAGGUCAACCUCGACACGGACAUGCAGUACGCCUACCUCGCUGGUGUCCGCGACUACAUCCAGAGCAAGUCUGGUUACCUCCAGAGCCAGGUCGGCAACCCAGAUGGCGAUGACAAGCCCAACAAGAAGUACUACGACCCCCGUGUCUGGGUCCGCGCUGGUGAGGUCUCCAUGUCCAAGCGUGUCCAGACUGGUCUCAAUGACUUCUACGCCGCCGGCAAGGCGUAA